AUGGACAAAUCAUGGAUGAUGGAGAAUAGGAUGUCCAGGGAGUAUGAAUUGGGAGUGGAAGCGUUCAUUCAAUUUGGUUUUUGUCAUGCCAAAGGUUCCAGUACUAUCAGGUGUCCAUGUUUGAAAUGUGGGAACCGUUUGCCACAAGAAGAAUCAACAUUCAGAUAUCAUCUAUAUGCCAAUGGGAUCGAUCAAAGCUAUAAGAUAUGGUUUUGGCAUGGCGAAUCUUUUACAUCAGAGACUUCAUGUAAUCGACAGGCUUACACGAACGAAGAAACGGUCGACGAUGAUUUAUUUCAUGUGAUAAAUAUGGUUCAAAAUGUCCGCGAUCAGUUUUCUGAAGUACCUAAUACGUUUGACAAUAUGUUCGAUGAUGCAAAGAAGCCUCUAUUUCCUGGUUGUAAAAGAUUCACAAAGUUAUCAGCAUUAGUUAGGCUAUACAACCUGAAGGUUAGAUUUGGAUGGAGUAAUGCUAGCUUCUCCGAACUACUGGCAACGAUUAGCGAGUUAUUGCCUGAAAAUAAUAAAAUGCCAAUAUCCAUAAAAGAUCUGGCAGACAUCAGUAGGUGUCCUAAAUGUAACAUUUCGAGGUGGAAGACAAGUAAGAACUCAAAUGAAGAGAUUAAGGGAGUUGCAGCUAAACAGCUGUGGUAUUUUCCAAUUGUUUCGAGGUUCUUAAGGAUGUUCAAGAACUCCGAAUAUGCAAAGCACUUGUGUUGGCAUGCAAAUGACAGGAAAGUAGACGGUGUGUUAAGACAUCCAGCUGAUACUCCAUCUUGGAGGUUGGUAGAUCAUUUGUGGCCAGAUUUUGGGUCCGAACAGAGAAACCUCUACUUGGGUUGUCCACAGAUGGCAUCAAUCCAUAAGGAGAUUUAUCAACGAAAUAUAGUUGUUGGCCUGUGA